UGAGAUUUUGGGCUUCUUACUGCUUAAUCAACAUCCCCUCUUUCACUGUCUAUCUCUCUUCGUCUCCUCCAAACGGCUAAAACCCUGAAAUUCCAAAUUCUUGUGGCGGAGCAACUAACGGGUGUGGGUUUAAUCUAUAUGGAAUGUUCAGGUUGCUGCCCAUCGGCAGAAGUGGGCAUUUAUUGAAUUCGCCGUCAUCUCGAAGCUAUUGCCUCUUGGAUUACCAACGUCUGAGGUAUAUACGCAGUUUGUCGAAUGGAACAGGUAAAAGGAGCCGAGAGAUUGAUUUUGAACUUCUAUAUGAUACGUGCACUACAGCGGAGGCUGCAAAGCGUGUUCAUGCACUUCUAAUUGUAUCGGGUAAAGCGUGGGGAAGUUUUGUUGCCACAAGGCUUGUCAAUUUGUAUUCUCAUCUUGGUGAUGUCUCCUCUUCGAGAAAAAUUUUCAAUCGAAUACAAAGAAAAGAUGCCUAUACUUGGAACUCAAUGGUAUCGGCUUAUGUCCGGAGUCGUCAUUUUGGUGAAGCAGUUAGAUGUGCCUUUGAAAUGCUGUCGAAUUCCGAUGCUCGACCUGAUUCGUACACAUUUCCUGCUGUUCUUAAAGCUUGUACUGCUUUUGAUGAUGGCAGGAGGCUGCAUUGCUGGAUUGUGAAGUUAGGGUUUGAAUGGGAUUUGUUUGUGGCUGCUUCCUUGGUGCAUAUGUACUGUCGUUUUAGCCGUCCUAGCAGCGCAUAUAAUAUCUUCAAGGAAAUGCCGUACCGCGAUAUGGGAUGUUGGAACUCGAUGAUUUCUGGAUUUUGCCAAUGUGGUAAUGCUAAGGAAGCAUUCAGGAUCUUGAAUAAUAUGGGAAUGGAGGGCAUACGAAUGGAUUCCGUGACGGUUGUAUCCAUUCUCUCGGUUUGUGCACUGAUGAGCGAUAAGUUAUACGGGAUGCUGAUCCAUGUGUUUACGAUAAAACAAGGUAUGGAGUUCAGUUUAUUCGUAUCCAAUGCCUUGAUAAAUAUGUACGCAAAAUUUGGCGAGUUAAUUUGCGCGCAAAAUGUCUUUGACGAUAUGGCCGUUAGAGAUAUAGUGUCGUGGAACUCUAUAAUUGCGGCGUAUGAGCAAAACGACUGUCCAAUUGAUGCGCUUCGAUUCUUUCAUCGAAUGCGAGUUAGUAAAGUUAAGCCAGACGUGCUCACACUAGUCAGCUUGGCUUCGAGCGCUGCUCAGACUAAGAAUUUUCUGUUUGGAUACUCUGUUCAUGGAUAUGUCGUAAGAAGAUGUUGGAUUACAGCAGAUACUGUUAUUGGGAAUGCUAUUGUCGACAUGUACGCAAAAUUAGGCGUCACUGACUCUGCCCAAAAGGUUUUUGACGAACUUCCCUAUAAGGAUGUAAUUGCGUGGAACACCAUGAUCGCAGGCUACGCUCAAAAUGGUCUCGCUAGUGAAGCUAUUAAGGUUUUUCGCCAUAUGAAAGAAAGCGAGCAUGUGGCGCCUAAUUUAGAGACGUGGGUGUCGAUUUUACCGGCGUAUGCUCAUAUCGGAGCUCUAAGAGAAGGAAAGAAGAUUCAUAAUCAGGCUGUCAAAGAAGGGCUCGACUCCAACUCGUUUCUAGGUACUUGUCUUAUCGAUCUAUAUGGAAAAUGUGGGAGACUCGACGAAGCAAUGUCGUUAUUUUAUAAUAUGUCGAGGGAAACAUCCGUGCCUUGGAAUGCCGUAAUAUUGUGUCACGGGCUUCACGGAAACGGCGAGACAUCCGUACGACUUUUCAAUGAGAUGUUAAGUGAAGGGAUCGAGCCAGAUCAUGUGACAUUUGUGUCGCUAUUGACUGGUUGUAGCCAUUCGGGUUUUGUCGAUCUAGGGGAACGUUAUUUCCGUGCGAUGAAGAAAGAUUACGGAAUUAAACCUAUCAUGAAGCACUACGGAUGCAUGGUUGAUUUGUAUGGGAGGGCCGGGCUACUGCAAAAAGCGAUCGACUUUAUCGAGAUGAUGCCUGUGAGACCCGACGCUACGAUAUGGGGUGCGGUUCUUGGCGCUUGUAGAAUCCAUGGAAAUGUCGAAUUGGGUAGAAAAGCAUCCGAUCGAUUAUUUGAAAUCGAUUCAAGUGAUGUCGGAUACUAUGUUUUGAUGUCGAAUUUGUACGCGAAUUUGGGGAGAUGGGACGGCGCGGAUGAGAUGAGAUUGUUGGCGAGGGACCGAGGCCUCCGGAAGACGCCCGGAUGGAGUUCGAUCGAGCUUAAUAGCAACGUCGAAAUCUUCUUUACGGGAAAUCAAUCGCACCCGCAGAGUGCGGAGAUCUACAAAGAACUGGCGAAAUUAACCGCGAAAAUGAAGAGCCUCGGGUAUUUUCCCGACCAUAGUUUCGUAUUACAAGAUGUUGAAGAUGACGAGAAAGAAAAUAUUCUUACGAGUCACAGCGAGCGAUUGGCUAUAAUGUACGGUAUUCUGAAUACACCCCCGAAAACUAUGAUUCGAAUUUACAAAAAUUUAAGGGUAUGCGGGGAUUGCCACACGGUGACGAAGUUUAUAUCGAAGAUUACGGAGAGGGAGAUCAUAGUAAGAGAUUCGAAUCGGUUUCAUCGUUUCCACGACGGGGCUUGUUCUUGCGGGGAUUAUUGGUGAUUC